AUGUUGCCCGCAGUAACGCGCAUGAGGCUGCCUUAUAGUGAAACAGCGGGCAUGCCGAUGGAAGUGGAGCCCAGCCCAGAAGCAAACUCUGCGCCUCUUAAAAGCGCCACUGGGCUCCAAGGUUAUUCCCUCGAGCAGCAGCCCCGUCACACCAGAUGCCUGGCUCUCGAAGGGAAGAGCUGCCGUGGCCUGCCCUGGCCCCCCUCGCGCUUCCUUCUGGCUCGCGGCAGCCCAAACUUCACUCCCCCCCCCCCGGCCGCGAGCCCCGGCCGCGGCGGGAGGAGGAGGAGGAGGGCGACGCGAGGGAGGCGGGCAGGGCAGGGCCGGGCAGGGCACUCGGCGGCGCGCACCGCCCAAGCCAAGUCCCGAGGCGGCCUUCCCUCCCGUCUUGCGUGGCCGCGGGGGAUGCAGGAGCCUCGGCGGGGCCGGCGGCGGGGGCGGCGGCGGGGCGCGGGGGUGGCGGCGCUGGGCCUGCUGGCCGCGCUGGGGGCGCUGGGCUUGCUGUUGCUGUGGCAACGGGGCCCUCCGGAGGCGCCCGAGCCCGCCCAGCCCCAGCCGCAGGCCGCUCCUUCGCCGCCCGACGCCGCCCUGCAGCAGCAGCAGCAGCAGCAGCGUCUCCGGCGGCCGGUGUACGAGAAGCCGCCGCUGGGCAGCGAGGCCGAGCUGGGCGAGCUGGGCCGGGCGGCGCGGCUGGAGCUGAGCGAGGCGGAGCGGCGGCGCCAGGAGGAGAGCGUCCGCCGCCACCAGGUCAACGUCUACCUCAGCGACCGCAUCUCCCUCCACCGCCGCCUGCCCGAGCGCCGCCACCCGCGAUGCCGAGAAAAGAAAUACAAUUAUUAUGACCUGCCAAAGACUUCUGUCAUAAUAGCUUUUUAUAAUGAGGCUUGGUCCACACUUCUGAGAACAGUUCACAGUGUUCUUGAGACAUCUCCUGACAUACUUAUAGAAGAAGUCAUUCUGGUGGAUGAUUACAGUGAUAAAGAACACUUAAAGGAGACAUUGGAAAACUAUGUGGCUAACUUACGCAAGGUUCGGCUGAUCCGAGCAAAUAAGAGAGAAGGCCUGGUUCGAGCGAGGCUGCUGGGAGCCUCCGUAGCCAAAGGAGAUGUUCUGACUUUCCUCGAUUGCCACUGUGAAUGCCAUGAAGAGUGGCUUGAGCCAUUGUUGGAAAGAAUCAAAGAAGAACCGUCAGCUGUUGUCUGCCCUGUGAUUGAUGUGAUUGACUGGAACACAUUUGAGUACUUGGGAAAUGCUGGGGAGCCACAGAUCGGUGGCUUUGACUGGAGAUUGGUCUUCACGUGGCAUGUCAUCCCAGACAGAGAGCAGAAACGGAGAAGGUCCAAGACAGAUGUCAUCAGGUCUCCAACUAUGGCUGGUGGAUUGUUCGCUGUCAACAAAAAUUACUUCAGCUACCUGGGCUCUUAUGACAUAGGGAUGGAAGUCUGGGGUGGAGAAAACCUUGAAUUUUCAUUCCGGAUCUGGCAGUGUGGAGGAAGCCUUGAGAUCCAUCCGUGUUCCCACGUAGGCCACGUUUUCCCAAAGCAAGCUCCCUAUUCACGGGCAAAGGCUUUGGCAAACAGUGUUCGUGCUGCAGAAGUGUGGAUGGAUGAAUACAAAGAUCUUUACUACCAUAGAAAUCCACAUGCCCGUAUGGAGCCCUAUGGAGAUGUGACAGAAAGAAGAGUGCUCCGGCAGAAGCUAAAAUGCAGUGAUUUCAAGUGGUACUUGGAGAAUAUAUACCCAGAACUUCAUGUGCCAGAGGACAGGCCUGGCUUCUUUGGAAUGCUGAAAAACAGAGGGAUGGCAAAUUAUUGCUUUGAUUACAACCCUCCCAACGAACAUGAAAUAACAGGACACAGAGUCAUACUAUACCCUUGUCAUGGCAUGGGACAAAAUCAGUUUUUUGAGUUCACAUCCCACCAUGAAAUCCGUUACAAUACCCGGCAUCCUGAAGUAUGUGCAGCUGUUGAUCCAGGAACUGAUUAUCUGAAAAUGUACCUGUGUGAAAACAAUGUCCAGAACAUUCCUGAAAAUCAGAAAUUUGUUUUGCGAGAGGACGGCAGUUUAAUCCAUAUACAGACCCAGAAGUGCCUCCAGGCUGAAGCCAACGCUUCCAAUGGCAGCCCAGCACCUUUAUUACGACCCUGCACCAAUUCAGAACGCCAGAAAUGGUUUUUCAAAGAAAGAAGCUGAUGAACAAAU